ACUCUUGUAAAAUAAUAACAACAAUAAUACUCCUAAAGAAAAAGAGAAUCUUCUGGCUAGCUUUGUUUAAAGAUCAUAUCAUGAUAAUAAACCUUUUACUUUAGUACUAGUAUUUUCUGUGCCUCUGCCAAAGCAUAUUAAAAGACAAAAGAAGGUUCUUUAAUUUUGUUGGGUGGUGUACCUAGAAUUAAACACAAGAGAUCAAACCGAUUCCCCCUUUGUUACUUUCUCUUACAUGCUAUUUUUAUGAUCCUUGCAUAGAGGGAAGGAAGGGAAGAUAUAUUAGACUUGCAGUUUUCACCUUUGUUCGCGAAUGGGUUCAGAAGCUCCUUCGGGCGUAACAGUCCACAUGACAGGAUUUAAGAAGUUUCAUGGAGUUGCAGAAAAUCCAACUGAGACAAUUGUGAGCAACUUAAAAGAGUAUGUGAACAAGAAGGGUAUGCCGAAAGGCCUUGUUCUUGGGAGUUGCAAUGUUCUUGAGACUGCAGGGAAUGGGGCUCUUCUUCCCCUCUACGAGACACUGAAUUCAGCACUGAUUAAGCCGAAUUCUGAGUCUUCUAACUCAGGGCAAGUUAUCUGGGUUCAUUUUGGAGUUAACAGUGGUGCAUCAAGGUUUGCCAUUGAGCGUCAAGCUGUCAAUGAAGCUAAUUUCCGCUGCCCUGAUGAGCUUGGAUGGAAACCUCAGAAACUCCCAAUCUUUCCUGUUGAUGGAGCUCUUUCACGAACAAGAGAGACGACACUUCCAGCUGAGGAGAUUACGAAAGCAUUGGCAAAGAUGGGAUACGAUGUGAUAACCUCCAAUGAUGCAGGUCGGUUUGUAUGCAAUUACGUGUACUAUCAUUCUCUUAAGUUUGCUGAGCAAUAUGGGAUUAAAUCUUUGUUUGUACAUGUUCCUCUUUUCUUGACUAUCGAUGAGGAGACCCAAAUGCAAUUUGCUGCAUCUUUAUUGGAAAUACUUGCAUCCUUAUAUUAAAGACCCGAUUAUCGUUUUAGUUUCCAAUUUGAAAAAAGAAGAAGAAAAAACUAUUCUCAUGGAAUACUGUUGUACAACAUCUGAAUGGCCUGUUACCCGAUGACACCCAGUGGUUAUGUGGUGCUCUGAAAAUGAAAGGCAGAUCAUGUAUAUCGCAAGCAUAGCCCAAAACAGAGGUUUUAAUUAUUUGUUGUACCUGUGUGCUAUUGAUGGUGAAAAACUUUUACUUUUAUGUGCUAAUAAACAUGUGAUUGUUCAUGGUGA